CUUGAACUUGGUCGGUGGCGAUUAUUAGAGUACAAAGUGGAAUAUAUAUCUCGUUAAAUAUUUAAGUGGUUAGUUUAAGACUACAAAUUACAACAUCGGUAAUUGCAUUGUGCUUUAAACAAUCUGGGUUUGGAUGUAGGCAAGAAACACAAGAGGCUGAGCGAUAGGCCUUAAACGAAUAUUGCAUAUGCCAUAUCUUUCAUUUUAUCUUGAAAUAUAGUCACUUAUAUUAUGUUGUCAUAUUACUAUAAACAUAUAUGUGUUUGUUAAGUUAAGUCUUUAAUGUGUCUAGUUUAAUUUGUUUGUUUUGUAUACUUUUUGUUGUUUUAAAAAUAUAAAUAGCUGAUAAUUUAGAACGUUUAAUUUGUGCAAUUUAAAUGGGUUCCACAGGCCGAUGCCGCUCUCUUCUCUGGCUCUGGCUCUGGCUCCGACGCGCUCUUCUCUCGCGCUCUCUCGCCUUAACCUAUCUAACCUAACCAUUUGAUCGCCAGUCUACUUUGAACCCUCGUUACGGGCGAGUGAUCUCGAGAUUGAUCUAGAAUUGUUUAUCGCCAAAUUGAAAGCUCUCAUAUGGCAGCCACGAAUUUGGGAUUUGGCAUUGUCUUGUUAAAUAUUAUAUGGACACUUUACGAUAUUGGCAGUGCCAGCUUCAGUCUGUGCGCAGAUGAAUUAGACCUAUCUUUUAAUGCCAGACACGACGGCUUGGCUGUGGAUUGGAGCGUAUUCGCUCAAUUUAUUUCUCAAUGUGUUUCUCUUUGUGCGGCUGCCAAAGAGCGACCUAUUGGCCAUCCAAUCGUGGUUCUCUUUUACGAUUGUUUUGCUACUGUUGAGGGUGCUUUGCGUUGACUUUAUGGAACUGUCUAACUACGAACUGUAUCCUUAUAUAAUUAUCAAUGUUUAUAUAUUCGUAUCACUCAUUGUAAUGGCAAUAGUUUAUGUUAAAGUAAGGGGUAACAAAUCCUAUAAGCCGCCCAAACAAGUCCUGCAAACGGUCAACUACAUACUGACAACAAAUCAAACAGUUAAGAGGACCAAGCCCGCCAGGAUAUAUGCACCGGUAAUAAGCAGACCAUUUGUCGGACGAUCCAAUCGGAAUAGCAUUGCACGACUGGAAGGCGGAACGUGGCACGAAACUCCGCAGCCUGAUCAUAGCCUCAGCUCGAGUGCGUCAUUUAACAAUUUUAUGCUUAGCGCACUUCAGACUAGCUCCUCUGCAGGUGAUAGCAGCUGUUGUGAGAAUGUCGUCGGCGGCGGCAGCGGCGGAGGUGUGCGCCGUGAUUCUGGGGAGGUAGAUGAGGAUAGUGGAGGCGGGCACUACGACUGUGAUUAGAUAAUAAUGAGGAAUGGAAUGUGAAAGUCAACAACAACAAUACUCGAAUAUUGCUUCAAACUCGGAAGUGUUUGCUUCAAAAACAAACAUGGAAGCAACAAUAAUUGCAUUUAUACACAAAAGUCACCGACAGACUAUUCAAUAUUCUAAGAAACUCAACCAGCCUCGAAGAAAUUUUAUAAAAUUUUAUAUUGAUUGAAG